UUCACAUUGGAAAGUGGGUGUUUUUUUAAAAAUAUAACCCAUUUAAUAACAAUUGUGGAGACUAAUAUCUGUUGGUGUGUUGUUGUUUUUUUCCAGUUCAAUAACAUGUUGCUGUACUGUGUCCCAAAAUUCAGCUUAGUGGGAUCUAAGUUCACAGUCCGGACAAGAGUAGGCAUAGAUGGUAUGAAGAUUGUAGAAACCCACAAUGAAGAAUACCCACACACUUUCCAAGUGUCUGGGAAAGAACGAACUUUGGAGUUACAGGCCAGUUCUGAACAAGACAAAGAAGAAUGGAUAAAGGCUCUUCAGAGUACUAUAGAUGCUUUCCAGCAAAGAAAUGAAACAUUCAGAAAUGCAAUUGCAAAAGAAUAUGAUGACAUGCCUAUUGAAGUUUCUACUGCCGAGCUCGGGAAGAGAGCCCCAAGAUGGAUCCGAGACAAUGAAGUGACUAUGUGUAUGAAAUGCAAGGAGCCGUUUAAUGCACUAACAAGGAGGAGACAUCAUUGCCGAGCUUGUGGGCAUGUGGUUUGCUGGAAAUGUUCUGAUUAUAAAGCUCAUCUUGAGUAUGAUGGCAAUAAACUGAACAAAGUUUGUAAAGAUUGCUACCACAUUAUAACAGGGUGCACUGAUAGUGAAGAAAAGAAAAAGAGAGGAAUCUUGGAGGUAUGA